AUGGUUUGUCUUCGUGGCACCUACUAUGUACUUAUGAUGAAUGGGAGAUUGCAGGGGGGAUUUCAAGGUGUUAAGGGUCUGCGCCAAGGAGACCCUAUUUCUCCAUUAUUGUUUGUCCUGGUAAUGGAAUAUCUCACCCAUUUACUGCAGCUAGGAGCUACUCAGUCUAAGUUCAAGUUCCAUCCUCUGUGUAAAAGUCUCAAAAUAAUAAAUCUCUGCUUUGCGGAUGAUUUAAUCAUCUUCUGUAAGGCAAAUAGAGACUCAAUUCAGUGUGUAAAGCAGAUCUUUGAGGACUUCUGUAGCAGCACAGGGCUGAAGGCUAAUCACAGCAAAUCACAUGUCUAUUUUGGAGGUAUUCCGAACUUAGAAAAGGGUCAUUUACUUCAGAUUUUACAGAUUAAAGAGGGAACAUUUCCUCUUAAUUAUCUUGGUGUUCCAAUGAGACCAACAAAAUGGAAAGUGGCUGAUUGUGAUGUGAUUCUAAAAAAUAUUAAACUUAGGCUUCACACUUGGGCUAGUAGGCACCUCUCUUAUGCCGGGAGGACUCAACUUAUAAAUUCUGUUCUAUUGGGGUUGUGUAACUAUUGGAUGAAUAUCUUCAUGCUCCCUCAAAGUGUUAUCAAGGAGAUUGAUAAACUUUGCAUGUGGUUCUUGUGGGGUAACAAUGGAACCCGAAGUAACUUCCAUCGAGCUUCUUGGUCCAAAGUCAGCUUGCCUAAAGCUUAUGGAGGUUUGGGUUUUGGUGAAGGAACAAAAUGGAACAAGGCUAUGCUUGCUAAGUAUAUUUGGGCUAUUAGUCAUCAACCUGAGGCGAUGUGGGUUAAGUGGAUCAACGCUGUCUAUUUAAGAGGUCAAAAUUUCUGGAAUUAUCAACUUAAAGCUGAUUCUAGUUGGUAUUGGUGCAAACUGUGCCAUAUCAGAGAUGCCUUUACUGAAGUGGGCAUAGAUGCGGUAGCUAGUCAUGGUUACUUCAAGAUUGGUUUGUUCUAUAAAAGAAUAAUCCACCAAGAGCAAAUUAAGUAUCAUCAUUUUGUGUGGAAUAGGAUGAGUGUGCCUAAGCAUCGUUUUAUUAUUUGGCAAGUGGUAAAUGACAAUUUACUCACCCGAGACCACUUGCAAAAGGUGCUUCAGCAUCUUGACAGCAGCCUUUGCCCAGUUUGUUGUCAACUUGAAGAGAGUCAUGAACAUCUAUUUUUUCAUUAUAAAUGUUCACAACAGGUAACUCACAUUAUUCAAACUUGGAUAGGCUGUAAGUGGCCUCUUCGGCUCAAAGAUUGGACUUGUUGGAUUGAAGAUAGGAGGAAGGGUGUGAAGUCAGAGGUAAUGGCAGCGGUGUUUUCAGCAACUAUAUAUCAUGUUUGGCAAAACAGGAAUUCUUGUAUUUUGAAUGGAUACUCAUUUAGGGUGAAUGUUAUUGUUGAUAUGAUAAAAAGAGAUAUAGUGCAUAGAGUUAGCUUUUUCUCUCAAAAGAAAAUGACAGCCAAUGAGAGACUCUUUGUGAGGAAUUUAUGUUCAUUGUAA